AUGAUUUUCAACUGGCUAUUUGUAACAAAACAAACGCCGCCCUCGGUGGUCCCUUCGUCUGAAUUUAUUAAAAAUACUGAGUUCAGCUUUAAGAAAACAGUCUGCAGAAUGCAACAAAAUCUGGGGCAAUACAAUUAUUCUGCGAUAAUUGCCGCGCAAUUUCCAGUAAAGUGCUUCCUUUCCCUCUUCCGUUUGCAUUCCCUCCCCCCCCCGCCCAUCCAUACAUUUAUGGCUGUAGGCAAGCCAAUUCAGUGCUGGAUACCUCAAGAGUUCACACGGGGCUGGGAAGAGUACGCAGAAAACUACUGCUGGGUGGCAAACACCUACUUUGCACCGGUAGAAAAAAGUCUCCCUCCUGUGCCAGACAGAUAUGUAUUAAAUGUAAACUCCUCUUUUGAUCCAUAUAUCCGGACUAUUAAAAAGGUUGACUAG